AUGCAAAAAAAUGAAAAGGAACAACCCCAUUUACCUAAACAGGAAACCCUAGUAGCCCCAGCUGCCGAAUUCAAAGAAGUUGAAGAAGAUAAUGAUACUAUGGAGUGGGAAGAUGAUGGAGAAAUUGAAUACAAAAGUGAAAGUCAAGACUAUGAAGAAAUAAUCAACAGCAAAAUAGAGCGAGAAAGAUACUACCAAGGUCUUUUAAUCGAACUAGCUGCCGAAGCUAGGAUAGAAAUAAACUAUAAUAAUAAUAAUGCUGAAAAUGAAGCUCAAUAUAUGAACUUGGAUAAAGCCUACCUGGAUAGUAGCAACAAGGAAUAUAAAGAUACAGGCUAUGGCUAUUACCAAAGUCACUUGGGACAUGAUCAGUGUUGGUGGAAUACCAAUAUUGAUGAGGAAAUAUUCACUGAAUUCCCACUAAUCUAG